CCUAAAUCUGAUUUCCCAUCUACCUCCCUUUCCUCCUUAGACCGGCAACGUCUUGGAAUUGAAGCUUUCUCGGUGUGGAACCGACCCAUAGCGGAACUUGCUUACGAUCCUGUAUUCAGUCCGAUCCGCCGAGCGCUGAACCCUCCGUCGCCAUGACGAACUUGAAGGAGCUGCGCAUUCAACCGCGCAUGUACAAGAAGCCACCUUUCUCGGUGGAGGUUCCCGGCGUGGAACCCGUCGAAGGAGAGACCAUUCCUCGCCGACUGCCUAUCGCGAAAGAUGGGCUCCUCGAGCGGCCGGCCGAAGAUGCCAGCACCACCUACGAGAUCUUCCGUCGCUCCGCGCGGCUGUACGGAAACUCGAAGGCGGUCGGCACCCGUCGCCUGGUCAAGACCCACGUGGAGAAGAAGAAGGUGAAGAAGAUCGUGGACGGUGUGGAAAAGGAGGUCGACAAGGAAUGGACGUACUUCGAGAUGAGCGGUUAUACCUUCCUGACCUUCAACGAGUACGAGAAGCUGGCGCUUGAGCUGGGUAGCGGUUUGCGCAAACUCGGCUUGGAGAAGCCGGAUAAAAUCCAUCUCUACGGCGCAACAAGUGCACAUUGGCUGGCCAUGUCACACGGUGCCGCAUCCCAGUCGCUGACGGUUGUGACUGCGUAUGACACCCUCGGCGAGGAAGGCUUGAAGCACUCCCUGGUUCAAACGUCCAGUCUCGCUAUCUUCUGCGACCCUGGCCUCAUCCCUUCGGUGGCUCACGUCCUCAAGGAUGUGAAGUCAAUCAAGCAUGUCAUCUACAACACCGAUCAGGAAGUCAAGAAGGACGACCUGGACAAACUCAAGUCGGAGUUCGAUUAUCUGAAUGUUAUCAGCAUCGAGGAAUUGCGCAAGCUAGGCGAGGAGAACCCCGUGGACCCGGUGCCUCCCAGUCGCGAGGAUCUGUGCUGUAUCAUGUACACUUCUGGUUCAACUGGACCUCCCAAGGGUGUCUCUUUGACCCAGGCUAACGUUGUCUCCGCAUGUGCGGGUAUCCACGCGAUUGUCGGACCCUACAUCGGACCCUCUGAUUCGCUUUUGACAUACCUUCCUCAGGCCCAUAUCCUCGAAUUCAUGUUUGAGAACCUCUGCCUAUUCUGGGGUGGUACUAUGGGCUACGGAAACCCUCGCACUCUUUCCGACGCCUCUAUGCGUAAUUGCAAGGGUGAUAUUCGCGAACUGAAGCCCACGAUUCUGGUUGGUGUACCGGCGGUGUGGGAGUCGGUCAAGAAGGGUGUUCUCAACAACCUGAACAAGAACAACUUCCUUGUCAGGGGCAUGUUCUGGGGCGCCAUGUCCGCCAAGAACUUCCUCAUGACUGCUGGAUUCCCUGGUGUGGACACGGGUGCUGGAAUUCUCGAUGCUGUUGUUUUCCGAAAGCUCAAGGAGGCGACCGGUGGCCGCUUGCGCAUCAUGAUGAACGGCGGUGGACCCGUUUCUAAAGAUACGCAGAAGUUCCUGUCCAUGGCCAUCGCUCCUAUGAUCAGCGGCUACGGGUUGACCGAAACGUCGGCAAUGGGUGCCCUGAACGACCCUCUGGCCUGGAACCCGGACGCUCUGGGUGAAAUUCCGGGUUCGAUCGAAAUGAAACUUGUGGACUUCCCCGAUGCCGGCUACUUUGCCAAGAACAACCCGCCCCAGGGAGAGAUCUACAUCCGUGGCCCCAGUGUUAGCAGCUGCUAUUGGGAGAACGAGGAAGAGACGAAGGAAGCGUUCACCGAAGACAGGUGGUUUAAGACAGGCGAUAUUGGCGAGUUCGACAAAUACGGUCACAUUAAGAUUAUUGACCGCAAGAAGAACUUGGUCAAGACUCUCAACGGCGAGUACAUUGCCUUGGAGAAGCUCGAGUCUGUCUAUCGGUCGUCUCCUGUGGUGGGCAACAUUUGUGUCUACGCCGCCCAGGACCAAGACAAGCCGGUUGCCAUCAUCGUACCCCUUGAGCCCGCUUUGAAGAAGAUCGCCAAGGAUAAUGGUAUCGAGGGCGACAACCUGGAGACCCUGGCACACAAUGAGAAGUUGAAGUCGAUUGUCCUCAAGCAGCUUCAGGCUGCUGGCCGGGCCGGUGGUCUCAAGGGCAUCGAGAUCAUCAACGGAGUCAUUCUCUCCGACGAGGAGUGGACCCCUCAGAACGGCUACAUGACUGCCGCUCAGAAACUUCAGCGCAAAAAGAUCCUGAAUCGCUUCCAGGCCGAUGUCGACCGUGCCUAUGGCAAGAAAUAGAGAGAUUCCAUGAGCCACUUCUCCUCUGUACUUCAUUUCUUAUGUGCUUUCCUUUGCC